AUGGCUGAGGCCCAUCCAAGACUGGGGCUGAUAACGGCCCAGUUUUGGGCUGGUCUCAGCCCAGUUUGGGUGGCUAUUUUCAGCCCUGUCUUGGUAGCUACUUUCAGCCCAGAUCUUGGCCCAGUCUAUGGCCCGAACGGUGGCAGCUCCUUAGUCCAACCCAUGCAUCAAAUCAGGGUUGCAUCGGCCCGUGUUCAAGCCCUCUUCAAUCCAACUGAAGGCCAUCUUCAGUGGGCUCAGUUAAAAGAGUCCAUAUUUGCAGCUUGGAUUGAUGUUCUACAACGAGAUUUCUAUGCUAGCAUUCCAAGAUAUAGGGAUCAUGGUUUUGUGAACUUGUUGACAGGAAUUUGGACGGCUGUAUCGAGCUUCUCUGUUUCUCCGCUUUUCUUCUUUCUCUGCUUAGGCUAUUUUGCGCCGGGGUGUCUAACACAAGACCCAGCAUGUGUAUCUCCUCCACCAUUAAAUGGGACUCCGAUAUUCCCUGAUGAUGUGGACAAAAUACAAUUGGCUCUCAAUUUGGAGUACUUGGAGGCUGAGUUUUUCCUGAAUGGAGCGCUAGGGUACGGUCUAGAUGGGGUUGCUCCCGAAAUAGCCCAGGGUGGCCCACCUCCUAUCGGAGGUAAGAAAGCCAACCUCGACCGCCUUACACAUCAGAUCAUCGAAGAAUUUGGUUAUGAGGAAGUUGGCCAUUUGAGGGCCAUUAAAUCAACUGUUGGCGGAUUUCCAAGGCCCCUGAUCGACAUAAGCUCUAAGAAUUUUGCUACUAUAUUUGAUAAUGCAUUUGAAAAGCCACUCAGCCCACCGUUUGAUCCUUACAUCAGCAGCGUUAAUUACCUUCUGGCUUCUUAUGUCAUUCCAUACGUGGGACUUGUGGCCUAUGUGGGCACUAACCCAAAUAUCAACGGCUACGUUUCAAAAAGAUUGUUGGCUGGGCUUUUAGGAGUGGAAGCGGGUCAAGAUGCAGUAAUUCGAGCUUUACUCUACAAGCGAGCUGACGAGCUCGUGCUUCCUUACAAACGCACGGUGGCUGAAUUCACAGCCCGUGUAUCGGACCUGCGAAACAGACUGGCAAACUGUGGCAUCAAAGACAAAGGCCUUUUCGUCCCACUACAGCUCGGUGCGGAGAAUAAGACCACUAGUAACAUCUUAUCCUCGAAUGCAGAUUCUUUAUCCUAUGCACGGACGCCUGCCGAGAUUCUGAGGACGGUCUACGGGACUGGCGAUGAAAGCAAGCUUGGCGGUUUCUUUCCAGAAGGUGGUAGUGGGAGCAUUGCUAGAGGAUUUCUGAAAACGCCAUGAAUGUGUUCUGGAUCUUUGAUUUGGAUCAUGUUUGAUGAAACUUUGAAUAAUUGUAGUUUUCUAGAGUUAUGAUCCCACUAGUAACUCAUAGAAAUUCACGAGUAGAAUAAGUGAAUUGAGUAGAAUAAGUUGUUUAAUAGCACUUGAAUAGGCAGGUCCGGCCCAUGUUGGAAAGCCUACUAGGCCCAACAUGGACCACAUGGGUUAGACCCGUUAUCAUUGUAUGUUUAAUAAGAUCUAGGGUUAGGAGAGCUAGAGAUAUCUCCUCCAUACCUUUUCUUCUCCU